UCUCGAAACGGCCCCUGCCGCGUUCUGUUAUCAUUUUUUAUUUUCUCAUUCACGAACUCACACAUAGCUCGCCGCGGCAUAGUACAAGCUAGAACUAGAAGAAGAAUCGGCGAACAAUUCCAUUCAAUCCCGUCGCCUAUUUAAAUUUCUUCUUCGUUUUUGAUUUUGCAUUUCUCAAUCACUUAUUCAAAGGGCAUAAGACUUUAAACUAAUGGCAUCCAAGCUGACUCAGUUACAGUCCAAGGCCACUCAAGCAUCACAAUUUGUGUUAAAGCAUGGGUGUUCCUACUACAAGCAAUUAUUGGAACAAAACAAGCAAUUUAUUCAGGAGCCGCCUACAGUGGAGAAAUGCAACCUGCUUUCUAAGCAAUUACUUUACACUCGUCUUGCCAGUAUUCCAGGCCGAUACGAAUCGUUCCAUAAGGAACUUGAUUACGUAAAACAAUUGUGGAAGAACAGACAAGAGAUGAGGGUGGAAGAUGCUGGUAUUGCUGCUCUAUUUGGUCUGGAGUGCUUUGCAUGGUUUUGCGCUGGUGAAAUUGUGGGAAGGGGUUUUACUUUCACCGGAUACUAUGUCUGAGGUUGUUUUCCUUUGGGAAAACAUGCCCCACUUAGAUCAUCCGUAAGUUUGAUUUCCUGCGACAUUGUGGUUUGUACCAUUCGAAUGACAUGAAUUCUGCAUGAAAUUUUGUUGUUUUCCUUCAAACAUUGUUCUGGAAACUUAGUAUUUGGUGAGAGGAAUGAGUUUACUUAUUAAUAAUUCAUGUAUCCAGGGUAACUUGGAUGGAUAACGACGAUGCUGUUGCUUUCUUUAAAAUCUCCUGCAGACUUUGCUUCCUAUUGAGUUCA